AUGGCGAUCGCCUCCAGCGUCCGUGAGGCCAACUUCCCAGCGACACUGCGGCCCACUUUCCCGCUGGGGACCGAGGCAGGGAGGGGCUGCCUGCUGGCGGUCACCAUGGCGACCCUGGCGCUGGCCCGGCCCUCCAGUUUAGUGCAGGACACCACGCUGGAGCCGGAAGAGCCGCCAACCAAAUACCAAAUCUCCCAGCCCGACGUGUAUGUGGCCGCGCCCGGGGAGUCGCUAGAGUUGCGCUGCCGGCUGAGAGAUGCCGCUCGGAUCGGUUGGACUAAGGACGGGGUGCACUUGGGGCCCAACAAUAGGACAGUGCUUAUUGGGGAGUACUUGCAGAUAAAGGGCGCCACGCCCAGAGACUCUGGCCUCUAUGCUUGUACGGCUGCUAGGACAGUGGACAGUGAGACUGGCUACUUCAUGGUGAAUGUCACAGGUGAGUGGGCCUCGGGCCCCUGCUCUCUCUUCUCCGAAGCGUUUUCUGGAGCGAGGACAGUGCGCCUGUGUCGCAGGGAGAAAAGGCCCGUGAGAGCCGUUUGCUUGUGGAAGGCAGUGACUCCCAAGCUGCGGCCUGGGCGCGGAGCGCCCUACUGGACCAGCACCGAGAAGAUGGAGAAGCGGCUGCACGCCGUGCCCGCCGCCAACACGGUCAAGUUCCGCUGCCCGGCCGGCGGGAACCCCACGCCCACCAUGCGGUGGCUGAAGAACGGGAAGGAGUUCAGGCAGGAGCACCGCAUCGGAGGGUAUAAGGUGCGCAGCCAGCACUGGAGCCUGAUCAUGGAGAGCGUGGUCCCGUCCGACAAAGGCAACUACACCUGCGUGGUGGAGAACGAGUGCGGCUCCAUCAACCACACCUACCACCUCGACGUCGUGGAGCGGUCCCCGCACCGGCCCAUCCUCCAGGCCGGGCUGCCCGCCAACGCCUCCACGGUGGUCGGGGGCGACGUGGAGUUUGUCUGCAAAGUGUACAGCGACGCCCAGCCCCACAUCCAGUGGAUCAAGCACGUGGAGAAGAACGGCAGCAAGUACGGGCCGGACGGGCUGCCCUACCUCAAGGUGCUGAAGCACUCGGGGAUAAAUAGCUCCAAUGCCGAGGUGCUGGCUCUGUUCAAUGUGACGGAGGCGGAUGCGGGGGAGUAUGUGUGUAAGGUCUCCAAUUACAUAGGGCAGGCCAACCAGUCCGCCUGGCUCACGGUCCUGCCCGAGCAGCAAGGUAACGACGCCGCCGGGGUUAACACCACGGACAAGGAGAUUGAGGUGCUCUAUAUUCGGAAUGUAACUUUUGAGGAUGCGGGGGAGUACACGUGCUUGGCGGCUGCCCCCUCGCUGCCGUCUGACCCUGUGAGCAUGGUGUCUGUCGGGUCAGACGAGCUGAGUCCCCGCCUGCUCCUGUCCUUUCCGUGGAGUGACCGUGUCCAGCCCCUCGUGUCUUCCUUCCUGAGGGCUGACGGUCCGGCUGGGCUCUGGCCGGCCCCCAGCCCCCUCAGGGGGGGCCAGGGUUACACCUGUGUCUCUGGGUUUUGUAUCCAGGUGUCGGCCGAGUCCAGCUCCUCCAUGAACUCCAACACCCCCCUGGUGCGCAUCACCACCCGCCUGUCGUCCACGGCGGACACCCCCAUGCUGGCGGGCGUCUCGGAGUACGAGCUGCCCGAGGACCCCAAGUGGGAGUUCCCCAGAGACAAGCUGACCCUGGGCAAGCCCCUGGGCGAAGGCUGCUUCGGGCAAGUGGUCAUGGCCGAGGCCGUGGGAGUCGACAAGGACAAGCCCAAGGAGGCGGUCACCGUGGCCGUGAAGAUGCUGAAAGAUGACGCCACGGAGAAGGACCUCUCCGACCUGGUGUCCGAGAUGGAGAUGAUGAAGAUGAUCGGGAAGCACAAGAACAUCAUCAACCUGCUGGGCGCCUGCACGCAGGACGGGCCCCUCUAUGUCAUCGUGGAAUAUGCCGCCAAGGGCAACCUGCGGGAGUACCUGCGGGCGCGGCGGCCGCCCGGGAUGGAGUACUCCUACGACAUCAGCCACGUGCCCGAGGAGCAGAUGACCUUCAAGGACCUGGUGUCCUGCACCUACCAGCUGGCCCGGGGCAUGGAGUACCUGGCGUCCCAGAAGUGUAUCCACCGAGACCUAGCGGCCAGAAACGUCCUGGUGACGGAGAACAACGUGAUGAAAAUAGCCGACUUCGGGCUGGCCAGAGACAUCAACAACAUCGACUAUUACAAGAAGACCACGAACGGGCGGCUUCCCGUCAAAUGGAUGGCUCCGGAGGCCCUUUUCGAUCGCGUGUACACGCAUCAGAGUGAUGUCUGGUCCUUCGGGGUGCUGAUGUGGGAGAUCUUCACCCUCGGGGGCUCGCCCUACCCGGGGAUCCCCGUGGAGGAGCUGUUCAAGCUGCUGAAGGAGGGGCACAGGAUGGACAAGCCGGCCAACUGCACCAAUGAGCUGUACAUGAUGAUGCGGGACUGCUGGCACGCGGUGCCCUCGCAGCGGCCGACCUUCAAGCAGCUGGUGGAGGACCUGGACCGGGUGCUCACGCUCACCACCAACGAGGAGUACCUGGACCUCAGCCAGCCCCUCGAGCAGUACUCGCCCAGCUACCCCGACACCAGGAGCUCCUGCUCGUCGGGGGACGACUCCGUCUUCUCCCCGGACCCCAUGCCCUACGAGCCCUGCCUCCCGCAGUACCCGCCUGUCAACGGCAGCGUGGACACCUGAGCGGGCGUGUGUCCGCCCCCUCCCGGCAGGCGGGCACAGCGCGGGGCC